AGGUCUAGCGGCAGUUAGGCAGGGAGACCGCUUUGGCCUGUGUUUUUUAAAGCCAUAUUUUACCGGAGGGCUGAUUUGUCGACGUGAAAUGAGGAAUUAUGGCUGAGUAAAGAAAGGUCUCGGCUGUGACCUGAAGGCCACCAUCUUGUUGAAGACAUGGACUAAAGAAGAAGUGUGUGUGUGUGUGUGUGUGUGUGUGUGUGUGUGUGUGUGUGUGUGUGUGUGUGUGUGUGAGAGAGACAACCUCUGGAUAGAACCAUGGUGGUGAGGUGGUUGCUGAAGACGUCCCACUAGAAAAAAACAAACAAGCAGAAAACUCUACCCACCUUUCUUUGUGAAAGCCAUGGCCUAAUGGUUAGAGAAGCAACUUUGGGACCAAAAGGUCGCUGGUUUGAUUCCCUGGACCAGCAGGAGUGGCUGAAGUCCCCUUGAGCAAGGCACCUGCUCCCCAGGCUGCUCUAGAUGAGAACGUGAAGCUCUGGCUACCACAAAGGCCACUGCUGCAGGCUGGACAGCGCAGCCACAUGAUCACAUGACUCUGGACAUGGAUGCGGUCCUGUCAGACUUUGUUCGGUCCACAGGGGCAGAACCUGGUCUGGCACGUGACCUGCUGGAGGGUAAAAACUGGGACUUGAGCGCUGCUCUGAGUGACUAUGAGCAGCUGCGGCAGGUCCACACUGCCAACCUGCCGCAGGUAUUUAAUGAGGGUCGUUACUACAAGCAGCCAGAGCGCAGUGGAACCCCCCAGCACCUCAGCAAGCUGGAGCAAUGCCUGCAGAGACAGGAGGAGAACACUCAGGAGAAGCGUCUCUCUCGGGGCAUUUCACACGCCAGCUCUGCCAUCAUGUCUCUGGCACGGAUGCACGUGACGGGCGAGUGCACCAAGGAGCAGUUGCCUCUCGAGAUGCCCAUCUACACCUUCCAACUACCUGACCUGAGUGUGUACAGCGAGGAUUUCCGCAACUUCAUCGAGCGCGACCUUAUUGAACAAUCCACCAUGGUGGCACUGGAGCAGGCAGGCCGUCUCAAUUGGUGGUCCACUAUAUGUACGAGCUGUAAGAAGCUCCUGCCAUUAGCAACUACUGGGGAUGGCAACUGCCUACUGCAUGCCGCUUCCUUAGGAAUGUGGGGCUUCCAUGACAGAGAUCUGGUGCUGAGGAAGAGUCUGUAUGCUAUGAUGAAGAGUGGGGCAGAGAGAGAGGCUCUGAAGAGGAGGUGGAGAUGGCAGCAGACGCAGCAAAACAAAGAGUCAGGGUUGGUGUAUACAGAGGAAGAGUGGGAGAGAGAGUGGAACGAACUGCUGAAGUUGGCCUCCAGUGAGCCUCGCACACACAUCAGCAAAAACGGCAAUACCAGUGGAGGCGUGGAUAAUUCAGAAGACCCGGUCUAUGAGAGUCUGGAGGAGUUCCAUGUGUUUGUGUUGGCUCAUGUGCUGAGGAGGCCCAUCGUGGUGGUGGCUGACACCAUGCUCCGAGACUCUGGGGGAGAAGCUUUUGCACCCAUCCCCUUCGGAGGCCUCUACCUGCCCCUGGAGGUGCCACCCAACAGAUGCCACUGCUCUCCGCUGGUGCUGGCAUAUGACCAGGCUCACUUCUCUGCCCUGGUCUCUAUGGAACAGAGAGACCAGCAGAGAGAGCAAGCCGUCAUCCCUCUGACAGACUCCGAGCACAAGCUUUUAGCCCUGCACUUUGCGGUGGACCCAGGCAGAGACUGGGAGUGGGGGAGGGACGACAAUGACAACAUCAAACUGGCCAAUCUUAUCCUCUCAUUGGAAGCAAAGCUAAACCUUCUGCACAGUUAUAUGAAUGUAACAUGGAUUCGAAUACCAUCAGAGACACGAGCUCCCCUUGCUCAACCCGAGUCACCCACUGCAUCAGCAGGUGAAGAUGUGCAGUCUCUGGCCGAAUCCAUGGACUCGGACCGUGAGUCUGUCUGCAGCAAUUCCAACCUCAAUAAUGGCAAGACAAGCAAAGAGAAAGACAAGGACAAGCAGCACAAGGAGAAAGACAAAGCUCGCGCUGACUCAGUAGCCAACAAGCUGGGCAGCUUUAGCAAGACUCUAGGCAUCAAGCUGAAAAAGAACAUGGGUGGUCUAGGUGGCCUGGUACAUGGCAAAAUCAGCAGGUCCACCAUAACGAAUGGCCGCACUGUGGAGAGCAGUGAACAGAAGCCCAAGAAAAAGGACUCCAAAACACGCAAAGGGAGCAAAGAGGAUUCUGGCCAGUCUACCAGCACGUCAUCCUCUGAAAAAGCAACCAGCCCUUCUCCUACUGACAGAGCUUCAGGUAACUCCUCUGGAGAAAGGCAAGUCAAUUCAGGUAAAAAUCCUGAUGAGCGGACUCUGGACAACUGGAAGUACAGCACAGAUGUCAAGCUGAGCCUGAACAUCCUUCGUGCAGCCAUGCAGGGUGAGCGAAAGUUCAUCUUUGCUGGUCUAUUGUUGACCAGCCACCGGCAUCAAUUCCAUGAAGAGAUGAUCAGCUACUACCUGAGCAGUGCACAGGAGCGCUUCAGCACUGAGCAGGAACAAAAGAGGAAAGCUGAGGCUGAGAAAAAGCCCCAGAUCAACGGCACCCUCAAGAAGCCUGAACAGGAGAGCACGUUCCAGAGAGACCGCUCAGACAGCUCUCCCCCUGAGAGCUGCUCACCUGUUCUGCAUCCCAGCCAUAUCCAUACACUAAAGGGCCAGGGCAGGAAUAGCCCUACCCUUGCUGCUUCCCCAAUUCCCAUCCCCAGUGCCAACCCGACUUCACUCCCACGCUCGUCCAUGUCACCCGUUCCCUUCUCCUCCCCCAGUCAAGGUGCUAAGCGACAGGAACCUAUCCCGGUGUCCGCCCACUAUAGCCAUACGCCACCCAUCCAGAGGCACAGUGUCAUCCACCUGAGAGAUAGCAACACACAGUCCUCCAGCUACCAGGACGAACCCUAUAAAUUUCCAGUGGGGACACUGAAGACCUGUGCCACAUAUCCACAACAGAACCGCUCACUGUCCUCUCAAAGUUAUAGUCCAGCACGCAUGUCUGGGGUACGUGCCAUUCAUGGUGGAGAUUCUAUGCCAUACAGUAUGGCUGGUGAGCACAAAUCCCACACCUACACCAAUGGCUUUAAUGCAAGCCAUGUCCGGGACAGUCUGGAGUUUGCCGACGAGGAACUCGCGCCCCAGUCCUGGCUCAACCAUGACAAAUCCAAGAUUCGCAGUGGAACCUGCCCCAUGUACUGCUUUCAGCAGAAGCGCUGCAAGCGGGAGAACUGUUCCUUUUAUGGCAGGCCAGAGACAGAGAACUACUGCUCCUACUGCUACAAAGAGGAGCUGAAACGCAGGGAAAGGGAGGGAAAAGGACACCGGCCUGCAUAGCCCCGCUUAUACACACACACACACACGCAGUUCAACACUGAUUGUGUGUGUGUGUGUGUGUGUGCGCGCGCGCAAUUAAGACAGCAGUGACAUCAUCACCCUCUGCACUGUUGCAAGUAACAGAAAUAUACUGGCAUACCGUUUUCUAAUCUAUUUAAGAAUGAUCUCCUUGUAAUCUUGUUACUUUUCUCUCAAUAGCAAAAUGACACUGCAGUUUUACAGCUUUGGCCAGAGAUUGUGCUGUCAUUUUAUUUGUCAGUUUGUCUUUUGUCCAAAUUUGCAUUCUUUUACUUGUUCUAGAGUAAAAGCUCAUAUCUGUGCAUUUUGCUCAGUCUGUAAUAUAAGAUUUCUAGUACUAGCUGAAAGAGAUGUAAAAGCAUACGCCACUCUCCUCUAAGCUCUCCAAAAGCAACUGGGUAACUCAUUUGAAUGCAAUACUUCCAUCAAUAUCUCAAUAGCAAGGAACAUCUUUAUGCUUUGGAAAUAAUUAAAAUGGGAGGAACAACCACUGAAAACCAUGGAAGUUUUUAAAAAGCAAUAAGUUUGGUAAUGAGCGCAGUCCCUCCCCUUUUUAUCUAUGCAUUCUUAAUGUCAGCCAUAGUGUUUUGUCUUUUAGUGCAGAAAUGAGUGUGAUUCUAUCUGCCUGGAUGUAAGAAGAUUGUAUUGAAAUUUCAUUUGUGGCAAAUCAAAGUGUGCUACAUGGCAUGUAACAUGCUUUUGAUUGUGCAGCACAUGACUGGACCUUGUGUACAUUGGUUUGCAUUCCAUUUAAACUCUCCUUGCUACUAUCUGAUGCAGUACAGUGCCAUUUCUUCCUUUCUGUUUUUUGCAAUAUAUCACAUUCUUGGUAGCAAAUGGCUUCUGUAAAAUAAACUACUACUACUCGUGACAAAUUCAUACAAUGCAAGAAUAACAAUAUAAUGGAAUACAAACCUUUAUACACCUUUAUAGUGUAAUGGACUAAACGUGAAAGCAAAUGGAACUCUGUGAUGUUUGUCUAUGUUGGUUACACAUUGGUGUGUUGUACGUAAUGGCUGUUGCUCAUCAUUUGUCCUGUUACCCACAAGCGCACACAUGCCAGUCGAUCAACAGACCCACCUGCGUUUGCCGUAAAAAAAAAAUCUGUGCCAAAAACAUUCUGCUAUAUUUGAAAUGCUCAGGUAUUGUGUUAAAUGUGUGUAGUAGUAGUAGUAGUAGUUGAAUCCCCAAAUUUAAUCACUAAAUUCAAAAUUUAAGAUCACUUUCGGCAUAUUAGAACAAAGCUGGAUGUAAAAUUUAAUUAGCAAGCAGGAGUGGCUCAUGACCAUAGAUUUUGGUGGGGCAGGACAGCAUUUAAUAACAGCAUAGUCUCCAACAAAAUUCAAUCAUACUUGACUAUAAGCUACUAUCUAGUGAUUUUUAUUUUUAUUUUUUGUGAAGAGUAACCCCAUAAUGGGCAAAUAAAACUCCAGAAGACAUGAAUGAACUUGAGCAAACUAAAUAUGGUUAUCGUGGUGUCUGUUUGCUGAUAAUUGCUCUCCAAAGACGCAUUAACCACCUAGCUAGUUACUAGACCGCUGGAUAAAACUGUAGAUUAAACUUGCUAAUCAAAUCAUUUCUAAUCAGGGAAAGAACUGAAAACUAUAGAUUAAAAGAUGGCAGUGUUCAUUUUGAUAACUUGCAUUGAAAUGAAUUUUUUAAAUGACAUUCAUCUCUGUUUGAUACAGUAGGUGUAGUUCCUGUCGCCAUUGUCACAGUGUAAGACAAACCCAGGAGUAAUGGCCAUUAACUGUCCUAUCUGCUGCUCCUCCUCCACUCAUAAACCAUGCAUUCGUAGAGGUAGUAUGAUUGAUAAUGUCCAGAGUGGGUCUCAGUUUACACUUGUAGUUUCCAUUUUUGACCACUAUGUGCAAUAAUAACUCUAUAGAGCUAAACAGGGCACUGAGCACGCUGCUCCAAGAUUGCAUCACAUCUAGAAAGGUUGAGUAAAUUAAUGUUACAUCAGCUUAUGUCUGUUGGUUACUCAACAGAUAUUUGGCUGAGCUCUGCCCCACCUGCCUCUGUGGAAAAGCCGCCACUGUUAACAAGACAUACUUAACAGCAGCAAAGGUGUUAUGUGUAUUCUAUAUCAUGGCGAAUAGCCACAUCAUAGCAGGCAUCUUGUAACUCUAAAACUUGCUUUGUGUACUAGAAAGGCCUUGAUUCCUCUGUCAUUCGAAGCAUCAGAAGGCCUGACAGUAUCAUUAUUGCUAACCCUUGUGUGAGCAUGGGCAAAGGGAAGUCCUAGUGCUUCUUUCUUCAGGCAAGUGACGAAUGUGAGAGUGUUACUCACUGCUUUCUGGUGUGUGUUGUAAUACCGAAUAACCCUGCACAGUCUAACGCUCAGUGUGUCUCUCUCCUAGAUCCUGCUUUCUCCACACUGAGUUUUCUCCUUCCUUCUUUCUAUGUGACAGAUUCAUGAAAUUGCACCAUCUUAGAAUUGUAAAAUAUGAUUUUAUAUUCAUUUGACAGUUUUACACUAAAUUAUUAAUUUGCACAUUAGGUACUGAUGUAAAUAGUAGGAGGAAACAGGAGAAAAAGAACAAAACAAGAUUAGUUUGUUGUUAACACUGCUGUCUGUGCCUUUUCUUUAUUGUAUGCAAGUAUGGCAAUGGAGUGUGUGGGUGUUUGUGUAUGUUUUCCUAUGUGUAUGUGCGUGUCAUUUAUCCUCAGUGUCCUGUAAUUUGAGCUAUGACUAGCUGUGGUUUCAGUCAAUAUACAAGCCCAGAUUAGACUGUCUGCUUGCUCACAUAAUUGAUCACAUGGAGUGAAAAUAGACUGCAGCAGUAUGCACCCUAUGCAUUUUGACCCCUAAUCCUGCAGUGUUUCAGUUCAAGCCUGACAGCUACAGAUAGAAAAGUACACUCAGCAGCUGUCUUACAGGUCACCUGUCUCACAACUGCCCUGUGGCUCAGCAGCUGACAAUAAACUCUUUUCUCCGUCACGUUAUGUGCAUAAACCCACAUUCCAUGCAUGCAUAUGUAAAACUUGGAUGGAUUGGAAUUUAGGACC